AUGUCAGCAGCGCCGCUGGCCUGUUCCAUCAAGAGCUCUCUGGCAACUUUCUUCUCCAACCUUCGCGCGAACCCCACCUUUAUGUCGGCUCUUAUUGCGUGGGCCCUCGCGCAAAUCCUCAAGGUGUUCACAAACCUCUACUUCAAAAAGAAGUUCGACAUCCGAAUGGUUGUGUCGUCAGGCGGCAUGCCCUCGUCGCACACCGCGCUCUGCGUCGCCGUCACCACCUCCGUCGCCCUGCUGCACGGCGUGGGGGGGCCGCUCUUCCCCAUCUGCCUCGCGUUCUCGCUCAUCAUAAUGUAUGACGCCACCAACGUGCGCUACCACGCCGGCGUACAAGCAGAGGUUCUGAAUGUGGUGGUGGAAGAAAUGCUGGAGGGCCAUCCAAUCAGCGAGAAGAAGCUGAAGGAGCUCCUGGGGCACACUCCCUUGCAGGUGGUUGGCGGCUUCAUUCUUGGUGUUGUUACAGCUGUUAUCUACCAUUAUAAGACAGGACAAAUGUAUGGGUGGGCGUGA